GCACGCAUCACUAAACGAAACUAAUUCGGCGACAAAAUUUUUUUUAUUGUAAGGAAAUAUCACAAAAAAUUAAAAAUCAGUGUAGUGUUCCCCCAUAACCAGCGUGCAACGGGACGCAUUCAGAUUGCAAACAAACACAUCGAGGGGGAGUAAACAAACACGCGUGGUGCACAAUGAGUAUGUUGGCAUAUCCACGUACAAAUGAUGAGGAAAUUUUUCGACAGUGCAUAAAGGAUUGUGGCGUUGUGACGGCCACCGAGGACUUUCAGUAUUUCGUAUUGCGCUGCACCUUCUGCAGCGAGAAGUUUCUCUACUUCGAUGCGUUCAUUGGCCACAUGCAAACCGUGCAUCUGGAGGAUGCACAGCGCACGGGCACAGGCACUGGCAGCAACAUGUCCUACACCAUGGGCGAUGGCAUGCUCCCCUCCAUGUCGAUGACCAUGACGGAGGAUUGUGAUGAUGAGACGCAUCCCGAUUAUGGCAAUGGCGGCAUGCACCAUUUUGAUGAGAUCGAAGACUUGACAGAUGCAGACACUGCCCUGCUGGAGCCCCAAAUGGUUAUCAAACAGGAGCUGCAAGAGUUGGAAAGCAGCGGUGAUGAUGAUGAUAACGAUAACGAUAAUGGUAACGGAUCCGAUGAGGAACUGGACACUUUAGCACUGCCCGUUGACACUGACAAUGGCAACGAUGUUGAUGACGAAAGCGAAGCUAUACUGCCCGAAAACGACCUGCCCACACCCAGCACCAGAUCUCGGAUGAAACGAACGGCACCUCCGCUAUAUCCUAGAAGGCAUACGGAGCCCAGAAUGGAUGUUAAAAACGAACCGCUGACAGCCGAUGGCGAUGAUUCCAUAGAUGAAUAUGCGGAUGGCGAACAGAGCUAUGUGGAUGACAAUUCUGGCGAAUAUCCAGACUAUAGCAGCAGCAGCUACAAUGCUCAGAGGACUAAUCCGCCCGCCGCUGAAUCUGAUUUUCUCAGCUACGACGAAAUGGUCGAGGAAUCGCUUAUUGGCCGGGAUCGUGAGCUUACGAUGCACAUCAAGGAUCGCAAGAUGAUACAAUUCCUGAUACAUUCGUACAAACGUAAUCCCUUCCUCUGGAAUCACAGUCACGCCCAGUUUCGGGAUCGUGUGAAACGUGCACGCUUUCUUGACUGGAUUGUACUGGAGUUUAAGAAUCGCUUCAAUAUCUCACUGGCCAAGGAUGCCAUCACACGCAAAUGGGACAAUCUGCGCACCGUUUACAAGCGCGAAUGCAAUCGCAUGGCUCUCGAGAAGACAAAUAUCAGCACGCUGUGGUACUUCAAGGAGCUGCACUUCCUCAACGAGGUCUAUAGCUAUAACUCGAAAAUGUCCGAUGCCGUUGUCAAGGAAACAUCGUAUAGAAGGCGCUUCUCGGCCAUAUGGAACGAUACAUCGACCGCUAAACUGUUGGUGAUGGUGAAGCGUUAUCAGUGCUUUUACAAUCGCUUCGACCCGGACUAUCGCAGCAAGGAGCGACGCGGCGAGGGACUGCAACAGAUGGCGAUGGAACUGCAGCAGCUGAUCGAUGUGACAACAAUACAAAUAUCGAAGCGAAUCUCACAGCUUCGCUUCGAUUACUCCAAACAGAAGAUGGAGCGCUUAACUGCGGAGCGUAUGGGACGCAAGUUUAUACCCAAUUAUAUAUACUAUGACCAGAUGAGCUUCAUGGACGAUGAUAUACCGCCUUUCAAGUGCCAGCAUUGUAGCGAAAUUGUGCAAACGCUGCGCGAACUCGACCUGCACAUGCUGAGCCACCAGCCAAGCCUGGGCGGUGGCUACUACUGCAACGUGUGCAAUAUACAAUUCAACCAUGCGGACGAAUUUGAGAAUCACAAGCAACUGCAUUUGGGCGCCGGCAAUGAGGUUAAAUAUAAUUGUGAAUUGUGCACGGCCAGCUUUCGGGAGAAGUCCAACUACGAUGAGCACUUGCGUCGCCACAAUGAUGAGCUCUUUCUACCCACACUUGCGCUGAAUCACAGCAUAUUGGACAGCGCCGGCGGCGAUGCUGACAAUGCGGGUGGCGAUGCCGCAACUGCUGGCAGAGUUGUUGUUGGGGAUGAGGAGGAUGUGUUUCCAGCGGACGGAUCAAAGCCCUAUACCUGUGAGGUGUGUCAUCGCACAUUUGCCUCGCCAGGACAUCUCAACGCCCAUCGCAUUGUGCAUCAGGAUGAGCGCGAACGCUGCUACAAAUGUGAUUAUCCGCAGUGUAGCAAAUCGUUUGUGUCGCGCCACAGCCUGUUCGAGCAUUUGAAACAGCACUACAGCAACGAGGAGUUCAAGUGCGACAUCUGUGGCAAGAGCUUCAAGUCCACCAAGAAUCUGCAGAAUCAUAAACAAAUCCACGAUAAGGUUAAACGAUACGUCUGCCAAAUAUGCGGCUCGGCAUUUGCCCAAGCCGCUGGCCUCUACCUACACAAGCGUCGUCACAAUCGUCCCAAUGGCAGUACGGGCUCCGUUGCCGGACGCUCUGCUCGGACCACACUGUGAGCGAUCCGAUCCUUUAUCACUGAUAUCCCGUUUGCCCUGAAUUAUGUUAAAUCCCACAGUUUUAAAUUAUUUAUACUAUGUCCUCCAAUGCCAAGAAGCGGUAGCUAUUUUAAAUGCCCAUAAUUGUAUUUAGUUAUGAAAAUUAUUAACGUUAUUGAAUCCGAUUUUUAUUAUUAUUAUUAUAAUUUAAUUUAAUUUAAUCAUUUUUUUGUAAUUUGCACUUCUAUUUAACUUCUGUUCACACUUGUACUUAAGAUUAUUUACAAAUUGUCCGUAACUAAGCCAAGAACUUUAAUAGAUCUAAGCCAGGAUGUAGCUACAUCUGAAACACUUACAUAUAUAUUAUAUCUUUAUAUAUAUAAAUAUAUAUAUAUAGAUAUAUCUGCCGUCUUGCACAGCACAGCUCAAGGGUUCAUUUUGGUGGCAAUGUCAAAAGAGAAAAGAAAAUUGAAUGAAGUGCAGCUAAUUACAUUUAUUUGUGUCACAUUACAUACGAUAAAUUAUGAACUAUAUAGAGAUAUGUAUAUUGAAGACAUACCCCCAAAAUGUGCAUCAAAAUGGUGACUUAAGAUUUUCGACGAGGCAAUGAGGCAAACACAUUCCACAUUAGUUAAAUGAUUAAUAAGUGUAAAAAAACAAGUAUUUCUUAAAGUAUUCUAUGUACAAUACUAUGUAUGCAUACAACUUAUAUUUAUUUAAAUGCGUGUGCGAGUCUUAAAAAUUAAACAAAU